CCCCCAAACCAGCAGCAAAACCACCACUCCAACGCUUGCACUCCUCGAUCUAUUCUCUCAUGGCGACGGCAACUGCGAGUAGGCCCAGCGGGCCGGUCCUGUCGAUUCCCAGCUACUGCUCCGCCUCGCCCACCCGCGUCAACCUGCCCGCCGGUGGCGCCACACGCUCGCCGGGCAAGUCCGUCAGCGUCUCGUCCUCCUCCCCUGCCCCUGCCGGCGCCGCCGCCAGCAAGGGCCGUCGGUCCUGCAUGUGCUCCCCGACAAACCACCCGGGCUCUUUCCGGUGCAGCCUCCACAAAGAGCGCAAGCAGGCGGCUCCAUCUUGCAACAGCAAGCCCGGCUCCCCGCCGUCCAUCGGCAGCGCCGGCUCGAAGCAGAUGGGAAGCGCGCUGGUGCGGCUUGUCCCCAUGGAGAGCGGGCACUGGGCACGCAGGGCGCUCGCGCCGUCCCCCGCGGCGCAGCAGUCGCUCCAGCACCGGAGGCGCGUGGGCCGGUCCCGUCCCCGGCCGAGCCGGCUCUCCGCUGUGUCCAUGUCCGGCGACCGCGCCGGGGACAACCACCAGUAGACCAACGUCAACAUGCCAUAUAGCAAGAUAAAGUAGAUGGGGAAAAAAUCCCGUAAGAAUUCGAGUUUUAGACCAAAUUCUCGGUUCCCGCCUGGCCAAUUAGCCAGCUCGUAGAUUUACAUAGUCAUAGAGUGAGCCUCUUCGUCCUCUCUGCUCCGCUGUGUACAACUCCCUCUGGUUUUGGAUAUGGAUAAUCAUGAGUUACAAAUUGGAGACA